CGGCGGGGCGGGGGCAUGUGGGGCGCGGGCGGCGCGGCGCUGCAGCUCCUCGGCAGAGCCGUGAGGCAGGCGGCGGCGCAGGGCGCCAGGCAGGACGUGGGCCGCUGGCUGUCGCGGGCGGCGGGGGGCGGCGGCGGCCUGGAGGCGGCGGGGGCCGGCGCGCUGCUGCUGGGGCCGUGCGCGGGGGCGGGCGCGCUGCCGCCGGCCGGGCUGCUGCUGUGCCCGCUGGGCGAGGCGGGCGGCGGCGGCGGCCCCGCGCUGGCCGAGCCCCGCGGCGGGCGCUGCGCCUGCUGCGCGCCGGGCACCUGCUGGUGCAAGAGCUGCCUCAGCGUGUGCGCGCUGGCGGCGCUGUGCUUCGCCUCGCUGGCCCUGGCGCGCCAGCACCUGCGGGACCUGCUGCUCUGGGCCGAGGGCCUCGACAGCCCGGCCGGCGUGCUGCUCUUCGCCGUGGGCUUCAUCGUGGUCUCCUUCCCCUGCGGCUGGGGCUACAUCCUGCUCAACGUGGCCGCCGGCUACCUCUACGGCUUCGUGCUGGGCAUGGGGCUGAUGGUGCUGGGCGUCCUGGUGGGCACCUCGGUGGCCCACGUGGCCUGCAAGCGGCUGCUGGCGCGCUGGGCGCUGGCGAGGAUCCAGGGCAGCGAGAGGCUCAGCGCCGUGGUGCGCGUCGUCGAGGGCGGCGGCGGCCUCAAGGUGGUGGCCCUGGCGCGGCUGACGCCCAUCCCCUUCGGGCUGCAGAACGCCGUCUUCGCGAUUACAGAUUUGUCAUUACCCAAUUACCUGAUGGCUUCUUCAGUUGGGCUACUUCCUACUCAGCUCCUGAACUCAUACUUGGGCACUACCUUGCGUACCAUGGAGGAUGUGAUUGCAGAGCAAAGUGUUAGUGGAUAUUUUAUAUUCAGUUUACAGAUUGUCAUAAGCAUAGGACUCAUGUUUUAUGUUGUUCACCGAGCUCAAGUGGAACUGAAUGCAGCCAUUGUAGCAUGUGAAAUGGAAAUGAAGACAUCCCUUGUUAAAGGCAGUCAACCGAGCAUCAGUGGUUCAACCACAUCAUGCAACAAGAGGACAGUAGCAUUUUCUGGGGGAGGGAUCAAUAUUGUGUGAUUCCAAGUAUUAAUAAAGUAAGGUUUUGUGAACUUAAGCUAUUGCCUAGAAAUGUCUAUGGACAAUUCAUCUGGAUUUAAAAAAAAUCCCCCCCCUUGCCCCAUGGCUACAGGUUGUACUGUGGCACAAACUGACUGACCAGCUCUUCAUUUGCACAAGGGGUGACUGACAGCAAGAACUGUAAGAUGGCAAAGUAACUUCAGAUAUAAAUUUGGCUGCACCCAUUGGUCGUUUAUUAUGCCUGUCAUGACCUGUAGUUUGCACUUUAGUUUUCAUUUGCUCCUAUAAACUGAGAAAUGCUUCUGUAAACGGAGAAAAGUAGCACAGAGAUAAAUAUUUUUCUGCUUAGCAUUAUUUAUAAGGAUGAAUAAUUAUAUGCAGUAGAACUUUAUUACUCAUAAAGAUGAAUGAGAAAGUAUGCAAUUCAAUGUAUGUUAUUCUUGAAUGUGCUUAGCUUUCAGUUACUUCCAGAAAUCUAGUGUAUUAUUUUGCUGAUUAUGGGGCCAUUUGGCUUUCUCUUCAUCUUUGAUUAAAAAAAAAAAGAAGAAAAAAGGAGGGGGAGGUGGGAGAGAACCCUAUAUAAAGUUCUGGUUGAAUGUAUUUUUGUAAGUCAUUAAAAAUGUUGCAGAGCCAUGCAUAUGUAUUCACACAAGCUUAAAUCCUACGUUGUGGGACUGAAGUGCUCUUAAAUAACAUUUUAAGUUACACUGUGUAAUAUGCAAAGUAAAAGGGAAAAUAUAAAAGUUAUAAUAGAUUGCAGUGGCCAGCACUACUUGAAGGAGACUCUUUGAAUUAACUGUUGCAUUGGUUUUACCACCUUGGUGAUUGUAACAAAGGGCUGUUCCAUGUUAAUCCUAUUUAUAAAUAUUUUCUAUUUGUUAAAAGGGUGGAGUUGAACAUAUUAAAGUUUUCCAGAAUAGGGAGCUAAAUCUCUCCUUUAAACAAAAUUGAUGGGAUAAGAGCAGUACUAGUCUUGCAUGAAGGUGGCCUUUAUUUUGUCAGUGAAUUCCCUCCUCUUUUUGAAAAUCUUUAAAAAUUAACUUCUGUUUGUAUGACUUUUUUUUAUAAAAGCUUUACAUUUUUGAAAGAUGCAAUCUAUUAUAAAUCUCACUAGAGUGAAGAAAUGAAGGAUAGAGGUUCUCCUGGAAAAAUAAAUAAUCUAAUGAUGGAGAAGGGCAGUAACGUCUUUGAGACUCAGGAAUUCUGACUCCAUUUUUUUGCAAGACAACACUGUAUUGGAUAAUGCUCCUUUUAUGCAUGCUGUGGACUGUUUUUCACAGCAUUUGAAUAGACUGGAUAAACUGAUAGUAAGUGUGUAUGUGUGUGUUUGUGCAGAUGAAAAGAAAAAAAUAAUUGUAAUACCUGAAUCUGGAGUCUUGUACAUGUGACUUUCAUGUAGUUACACAUACCAAUGUUCAAUUGCUCAAACACACACAAGUCAUCUGGUACAAAAACUAAUGUGAUGUAUUGCUUGCUUUGUAGUUACUUUGUUACAAGUUUUUAAGGACAUUUUCAUUCUUCAAUUUUUACGUUAUUUUCUAACAGAGUAUGACUGUGCCUCCUUUUUUUAAGGCUGUUUGUAGGAUCCAAGCUUUUUGUUGUUGUUGUUGUCUUGAGAACAGCAGGCCUUCAAAGUAUCUGGGAAGCCGAGAUUUGAUAGCUUUUAACAGUCUUACUGGGGAGCAGGGGGAUGUAUGAUAUUUGAAUAACUUGACAUCUAAACAGUCCUUGGUAGUGAUUUUUUUUUUUAAUAUAUAUUCUUUGCAGACUCUGUUCUUGGGUCAUGUGACCUCAGGAACUAAACUAGUUAGAUGAAACCACAAAGUUCAGAUUGUCCCAGGAAAAAAAAAAAAGAAAAAAAAAAAGUGAGGUAAUCUGUACUUACCUGGAAGUGUUCAUUUACCCAUCUUUGCCUCUAACAGCUCCUGUAUGAAAACAAGAGAGCCAGAUAACUUUUUGAUGGCGUUAUUUGUCAUCAGAGUAUUAUGAAGCCCUUUAAUAACUAAACUUUUAAAAUUUAUUUCUUGGAAAGACCAGCCCUUGAAUAAAUGAACCAAUCUGAACUUUGUUCCAUCUUGCUCAACCGAUAAUAGUGUUUUGAGGAGGGUAUCUCUUUUUCCUUCCAUUUUUAAACUAACUUAAGCUAGUGUUGAUUGUUCAAGAACAUUUCUCAAAUUGUAUUUUGAAGUGCUUUUAUUUCCAUAACAUUUUGUAAACAGAGUAAAUUCACUAUGUGAACACUUUUGUAGUAUGGAAUUAGUUCUUAAGACUUUUGCAUUUUGCUUGAUACUUGUAAUAUUUGUGUACAAGUUAAUGGGAAAUGUGCUUUAAAAGGAACUUUUCUGUACCAUGCCAAUCAUAAUUUUAUACAAUAAAUUCACUUAAAUUUCUCUAAGAAA